UAAUUAGCAUUGUAGUUACCUAUUUGCUCUACCUGCUGGCUAAGGAUAAAUCGGUUAAGAUUUUGGGUGUCCUGCACAUAAACGAGACACCAAAAAUGUCUGAUACAAAACCACAAAUUAACCCAUUUACAACACCACCGUAUCAAUCACAUAAAUCAAUAAUUACAACUCCAUAGAUUCAUCAUAUUAUACCCUAGAUUGGCUGUAUUGAAGGUAUUGUUAGGAUUCAUUCAAAUAUCAAAGUCAUUGAAAUAGUCUAACCCCCAAUUCAAGUCAAGUCAAUUCCAUCUAUCUCCUCCCUUUUUUUGACAGCGAACUGCGGCAUAUCUGAUAAUAGAAAACAAUCGAUAAAGUUUACACCAUGUCAACAUCUGCUGAUGAGUUUGAAGAUGCUCAUGAUGGAAUCAGUGCUACUGAAAGUAAGAGUCCAGGAGCUGCUUCUGAAAUCACUUUAACUGAAAAUGAAUCGCAACAAAGUCAAUUCAUUCCCAAACCUUUAAAGGGUCCACCCUUACCGGAUAGGAAAGUCAUUCAAGAUGCUUUAAAACUUGAUAAACUUGAAGGAAGUAUACUAGAUAUUGAUAAUUCGGAUUCAAAGGAUCAACAAGAUAAAUCCAUCCAAGAAUUAACCAAGAUUCAAUCCACUUUCAAUAAAUCAAGUUCUAAUUAUCUUUUACAAUCUAAAUUUAAUCAAUUAAAUCAUGAUUUUAAUUUAAAGGAUUCUAAAUCGAAAUCAUCGAUUAAUUCAGGUCAAGCAAACAUUAAACGAACUUUUGAUAAUAUCAAGAACACGAUUGGUAAUUUCGGGGGUGAAUAUAAGAUUGAUUGGGAUUUUUGGACUCAUAUCGUUAAUGAUUAUGGUACUGUUAUAAAUAAUGAAUCUGAUAAAUUAAAUCAAUUGAUUAUAAAGGGGAUACCCAAGGAAUUUAGAGGUAUUAUUUGGCAAUUAGUUUCUAAAUCGAAGAAUUUCGAAUUGGAAGAAUUCUAUUUAAAUUUAAAGAAUGAUCCUUCCAUUCAUGAAAAAUCGAUUAAAAGAGAUUUAACCAGAACUAGUUUUUAUACAAGUAUCGAUCAAUCUAAUAAAGCUACCGAAUUAUAUAAUGUGAUAAAAGCAUAUUCCAUAUUUGAUCCUGAUGUGGGUUAUACUCAAGGUAUGAUAUUCAUUGCUGUACCAUUAAUUAUGAAUAUGAAUGAAGCAGAAUGCUUUUGUCUUUUAGUAACUUUAAUGAAAGAUUAUCAAUUAAGAAACUUGUUUUGUCCUGAAAUGAAAGGAUUACAUCUUUUAUUAUAUCAAUUCGAUCGAUUAUUAGAACAUUAUUCCCCCGUAUUAUAUAAUCAUCUUGUUAAACAAGGCAUAAAAUCUUCCAUGUAUGCCAGUCAAUGGUUUUUAACGUUCUUUGCUUAUAAAUUCCCAUUAGAUAUUGUAUUAAGGAUUUAUGAUAUAAUUAUAACUCAAGGUAUAGAAUCAAUCUUGAAAUUUGCGGUUAAUUUAAUCAUUAAGAAUGAAACUAAUUUAUUAAAUUUAAAAUUUGAUAAAUUAUUAGAAUUCUUAAAGGAUAAAUUAUUCAAUAUUUAUAUAAAUGAUCAAUUCAUAGUUAAUGAUGAAGAUAAAUCAACUUCCACCACAACUUCAUCUACUUCUUCAACUACUCCAACCCCAACUACAACCAGAAGAUUUUCGAUUCUUAGUUCCAAAAGAAAUUCAAUCACAGGGAUUUCGAAUCAUAGUGGUCCAAGUACAGGAUUGAUAUAUUAUAAAUUAGAUGAUCUUGUGGUUGAUUCUAUGGCGAUAAACAUUGAUCCUAUUGAAUUGGUCAAAUAUACGAAUGAAUUUGAACAUAUUUAUAUACGAGAAAAAUCGAAAAUCAAUGAUAUAGAGAAGUUACAACUUGAAAAUGGCAACUUAAGACAUAAAAUCAAAGAUUUAGAAUCAAGUUAUGCUAAUCUUAAUAGUGAUCAUGUUGAUAUAGUUCAAAACAUGGUGGAUAUCAAAGUGACAUUACCAGAGGUGCUUAAUGAUAAUGAAGAGUUAAAGCUUGAAAUUGAACGAUUAGAACAAGAAUUAGCUGAUUUAAAAUCAAAGAUAAAGAGUUCUUCAACUACAGAGAAUAAUGAUUUGAAGGAUGGAAUACCCGAUAAUAUUGAAGAUCAUAUUCAUCAAUUGUUAUUAAUCAACGCUCAAGAGACAGAAAAGUAUGCUAAUCUUCAAGAUGUUUAUGAUAAUUUAUUAGAUGAAGACGAGAGAUUAGCAGCUGAAAUAAAGGCUAUUCCAAGUAAAGCAUGGUUUGGAAGAUGGAAAUGAUUAGUUCGUCAAUAGUAUUUAUAAGUAUGUUUAAUAUAAUAUAAGAAACGAUAGGUUA